CAAAACUGGAAAUUUAUGAAGUUAAGGGUUAAACCUGUCAAAAGAUUCCCUCACUCGGAAGCCAUUUCAGUCGAUUCCGGUUCCCCUCUUCUUCCUCUUGCUGUGUCUCACCGGAGACUCGUCGGAGACGGGAAGAUGAGCACGACGCAGGCCUCCCACUCGCUGGCCUUCAGGGUCAUGCGGCUCUGCCGUCCCACUCUCCACGUCGACACUCCACUUCUCGUCGAUCCCUCUGAUCUCCUCGUCGGCGAGGACAUCUUUGACGAUCCCCUUGCCGCCUCCCAGCUCCCCCGCCUCCUCAGCGGCCCGGGAAUCAAGCCUCCUGAGGACGCCGCCGAUCUCGGCUACCGCACCAGAUUCCUCCUCCACGACGCCACCGACUCUAUGGGCCUUUCCGGCCUCCUCCUCCUCCCUCAAGCCUUCGGGGCGAUUUAUCUGGGAGAGACUUUCUGCAGCUACAUCAGUAUAAACAACAGCUCGAACUUUGAGGUCCGGGACAUCAUAAUUAAGGCAGAAAUUCAAACUGAGAGACAGAGGAUCCUGCUUCUGGACACAUCGAAAUCUUCAGUCGAAUCAAUACGCGCUGGAGGUCGUUACGACUUUAUCGUUGAACAUGAUGUGAAGGAACUUGGAGCUCACACCUUGGUCUGCACUGCGCUGUAUAAUGAUGGUGAUGGUGAGCGUAAAUAUCUUCCUCAGUUUUUUAAGUUCAUUGUUGCCAAUCCGCUCUCUGUGAAGACAAAGGUCCGCGUUGUGAAGGAUACCACAUUUUUGGAAGCAUGCAUUGAGAAUCAUACCAAAACGAAUCUAUAUAUGGACCAAGUUGAGUUCGAGCCAGCUCAGAAUUGGAGUGCGACAAAACUAAAAGCCGAUGAGCACCAUUCUGAGAUGAAUUCUGCAGCUAGAGAGACCUUCAAGCCACCGGUCCUGAUCAGAUCUGGUGGAGGAAUCCAGAACUAUCUUUAUCAGUUAAAAUCAUCCUCCCAAGGUCCAGAGCAUGUCAAAGUUGAGGGAAGCAAUGUGCUAGGUAAACUUCAGAUAACAUGGCGAACGAAUUUGGGAGAACCUGGUCGUCUACAGACGCAGCAGAUUCUUGGUGCUGCCAUCACCCGCAAGGAAAUUGACUUGCAAGUGGCGGAGAUUCCAGCCACCAUCAUUUUUGGAAGAUCUUUCUCGAUACACAUAAAUCUGACCAACCUGACGGAGAGAGAGCUGGGCCCGUUUGAAGUCUCAUUAUCACCAGAUGAUUCGCCUGAAGAGAGGGCUGUUGUGAUUAAUGGUCUCCAAAAGAUGGCCUUACCAAAGGUGGAGGCAUUUGGUUCCUCAGAUUUCCACUUGAAACUAGUUGCUACCAAACUUGGAGUUCAGAGAAUUACCGGAAUUAGUGUGUUUGACUACAGAGAACGGAAGACAUACGACCCUCUCCCAGAUAUGGAGAUUUUUGUGGAUCUGGAGUGAUUGCUCAUCCUUCUUUUAGCUGUUCUACCUGAAGCCGAUAUAGGAUGAAAAUCCUGAUUCAGACAAGACUGUGAAACAAUACCAUAGAUUUCGAGCAAAAGCUGAGGUUUGAUAACCAUCAAUUUAUUCCUUCUUCAGAUUGUAUAGGCCGUCUUGCUGCCGUCCAGUAACUUGUAGCCCGACAAUGCCGAUCUCUGCUGGACUUAGAAGAUUAGAAUGUAAGAGAUCAAAGCACAGAGUCUCAGGUUAUGUUAAGCUCUUAAUGUAUCAGCGAAAAGGAAGAUUAAUGAUUUGAACCCAUCGACUGGCAUCCUUGUCAUGGACUCGGAUGACAUUGAUUAAGUCCGUUAUCUUUUUUCUUCAUGAAUAGAAACUCUGUGCUAUCGGAAACAUUCGAUUUUAUCUCA